GCUAUCAUCCAAUACGAUAUACAUUAAGAAAUAUAUAUAAAUGUAUAUUAGCAAUUUCCAUGCAGGAUUCCGACAGGAGUUUAUGGUGUUUAUAGGCACUGUGUGUGUGUGUGUGUGUAGGAGGGUGAACUGAAGUGUACAUACGUGUGUUGUCGGCGUCUCUCUCUCUCUGUUCGUAACGUACGUGCGGGUCUUUACGUGUUUGUAUGUGUGCGUGUAAAGGCGGGGAAUGUAUAUGCAUAUGUAAUUAUGUGUGUAUAUAUAUAUGUGUAUCUCCGGGAUUCUUGGGACUUAUGAGGCAGUUAAUGGAGAGCAUGAAGGAGAGAGCGGAGAAGUUGAAGAGAUCAGUGAGACAACAGAGAGCAAAGCUUUACAUUAUGAGAGUCUGCAUCACAAUGCUCCUCUGUUGGGAUGAUAAUGGUGAAUCUUGAAUUUCAUUUUUUUUUUCUUUUUGGAUCUUGAAAAUAUAUUUUGGGUUCCGGGUUCUUGUUAGAAUUUGUAAUGAAUAAUCUUCUUCUCCUUCUUCUUGAAGGUUUAGCUCUGCCGGUGACAAAAUCAACGUGUAUUAAUAGAUAUGUAUACAUAUAUAUGUAUUAUGUAU